UUUUCUCACUUUGUCCAGGAAGUGACCAAGAGUGGAAAUGUGUGUGUGAAGUGUGUGUGCUCUCUGCCCCCCUGGAGGUGGGAGGAUGCCAUUGCAGCCACACACACACUUCCGGAAGUGUGUGUGAUAUUAGCCAAUAAUGUUCAAGACUAUUAAGCGUCAUAGUCUCGCGGGAUUUUACGGGAUUUGUUUGAGAGCUACUGUAAACACGGCUAAUACUGACAACACAGACCGAUGCUGUAACAACUGAACCUCAAAUGAUUAAGAGCAAUGACAUCCAAAAGGAAGGCCCGGAUAAAGCCUGUUGAAGAUGCAAUCUCAUAUAUUCUGUCAGCUGGAGACAAGCCAUGGUUUGCAGUGAGAUUUAUCAAUAAUAUCAAAGGAAGAGGAGUGUUUGCUACCGAACCAAUCGAGCAAGGUUCUUUUGUGUUGGAGUACAGGGGUGAAUUCAUAUCAGCAGAAGAAUGCAGAUCAAGGAACUACUCAGAGACACAGAGUACAUUUCUGUAUGACUUUGAUUGGCAGAAACGCCAGUGGUGUAUUGAUGCAUCAAAGGAAGACGGCUCCCUUGGAAGAUUAGUGAACGACGACCACAAAUCUCCGAACUGCGUCAUGAAAAAGGUUAUAGUGAACAACAGGCCCCAUUUGUGUCUGUUUGCUGUGAGGAACAUCGAAGUAGGGACUGAACUUGAUUACAACUAUGGUGAUUCAAAAUGGCCAUGGCGUCAAAAGGCUCCAGCAGCAGAAGAAGAGAUGGCUGUUGAUCUGUCCUCCAAGGUUUAUGGUGAAGAUGAUGAUGAUGAUGCUGGUGAAGAUGAUGCCCCAAAGGCUCCAGCAGCAGAAGAAGAGAUGGCUGUUGAUCUGUCCUCCAAGGUUUAUGGUGAAGAUGAUGAUGAUGCUGGUGAAGAUGAUGCCCCAAAGGCUCCAGCAGCAGAAGAAGAGAUGGCUGUUGAUCUGUCCUCCAAGGUUUAUGGUGAAGAUGAUGAUGAUGAUGAUGCUGGUGAAGAUGAUGCCCCAAAGGCUCCAGCAGCAGAAGAAGAGAUGGCUGUUGAUCUGUCCUCCAAGGUUUAUGGUGAAGAUGAUGAUGAUGAUGAUGCUGGUGAAGAUGAUGCCCCAAAGAGCUGA